AUGGGCGCCGAGGCGGGCGGGGACGUCCCUCGGCCGGCCGCAAGCCCCGCGAAACAAAGGGCUGACGUGAUGGCACCGCUGCGGCUUGGACGACGGCUCACCGACUUUGCCACAUCAAACACAUUUAUGGUGCUGCUGUCGCUCGUGCUGCUGUCGUGGCGGAGCGGCGCGGCGGCGCUCGCCAACUGCCCCAGCGGCUGCAACUGCAACGACGACACGCUGGUCGUCGUGUGCGAGGAGAGCCGGCUCGACGUCCUCCCUAUCGCGCUCAACCCCUCCAUCCAGCGGCUGAUCAUACGCAACAACAAAAUCAAGACCAUCGACAGCUCGAUGCAGUUCUACGCGGAGCUACAACACCUCGACCUGUCGCACAACCACCUCGUCAACAUACCGACGAAGAGCUUCGCGUACCAGCGAAAGCUGCAAGAGCUGCAUUUGAACAAUAACAAGAUAUCGUCGGUGACGAACACAACAUUCCAAGGCCUCAACUCCCUCACAGUGCUCAACCUCAAAAGGAACUUCUUGGAGGAGCUCACGAACGGUGUUUUCACUGCGCUACCGCGGUUAGAGGAACUCAACUUGGGCCAGAACAGAAUAUCAAGGAUCGAAUCGAGGGCGUUCACUGGGCUCUCCGCUUUAAGGAUAUUAUACUUGGACGACAACCAGUUGAGUUCAGUACCGACGGCGUCUUUUAGCCUUUUGGGCAGUCUCGCCGAGUUGCACGUGGGCCUGAAUGCGUUCUCAUAUCUGCCAGACGACGCAUUCGCCGGUCUGAACAGGUUGACCGUUUUGGAUUUGAACGGGGCUGGACUCUCGAACAUUAGUGAGAACGCAUUCAGGGGUCUCCCGGGAUUAAGGAGUCUUAAUCUCCUAGGGAACAGAUUAAAUAUAGUGCCCACGGAACAGUUAUCCGGCCUGACAAGGUUAGAGGAACUGUACAUAGGCCAAAACGACUUUAUCGAAUUAGAGAGCCACUCAUUCAAGGGCUUGAAGAACUUGAAGUUCUUGGAUAUCACUGGCGCGACGCAAUUAGAGCGAGUCGUUAAGGGAGCUUUUGAAGAUAACGUAAAUUUAGAAACAAUCAUAAUAGCUAAUAACAAAAGAUUGUCUGUUAUUGACGAUUGUACGCUUUUAGGUCUUCCAAAAUUGAAGCACGUUUCCCUAAGGGAUAACGCUAUUGUAACGCUCAGCGAAACGGUCUUUAUCGGAAAGGAAUUAAGACAGCUUGAUCUUAACGACAACCCUAUCUUCUGCGAUUGCCAACUGCGGUGGCUGCAGGAGCUUCUUAACGACAAGAGCAACUUCACUCAAAUCCAAUGCGCCAGCCCUGACCACCUGAAGGACAAGUACUUGAAGACGCUCAGUGCCGACGACUUGGGCUGCAUUCUACACGACACACGGCAACAGACAAUCAUUUGCGUUGUCGUAGUCGCGUGCGUUGCUACGAUAGCGACAUUGGUGCUAAUAUUCUAUCGGUACCGCAAGAGCAUGCAGGAGAAACUGAAGGACUACAAGUGGAACAAGGGGCGCAAGAACCUGGAGUACCACAAGCCGAUCUCGACGGAGGAGGACUGCAUAGUGCGCGGCAUCCACCCCUCGCAGUACCCGGCGCCCCCCCACGUCCCCGGCCUGAGGCCGAUACCGGUGACGGAGCUG